AUGAUUAAUCAAAAUGAAAUCAUAUGUCGCACCAGGGAUUCUCUAAUGAUUUUAAAUGCAAGAACCCAUGAAAUUUUAUUUGCUGCUCCUUGCUUUGCUACAGCUUGCUCACCAACUGGACAGAAAAUUGCAUAUGCCGAUUUAUAUGGACUUAGAGUAAUUGAUACUAAAAAUUUCAGUGAAAUUAUGAGGGCUCGGAAUGAUGGGAUAAAAUUACUCAGUUUUUCUCAUUGCGAAAAUUACUUGGUUACCUGGGAAAAACAAAUUGAAGAAAAUCCUAAUCUUUUUGUGUGGGAAAUUUCUACAGGCCAAGUUUUUUAUUCUUUUAUCCAAGUAAAUUAUAAUAAAGAAUUAUGGCCUUCAGUGGUAUUUACUUAUGAUAAUAGAAAUUUGUUAUACAAAAAUAAUGAUGAAAUACAGAUAUAUCAAAUUUCAGAAAGAAAUUUAUUGAGAAGCUUCAACGAAAUUAGGAUUGCUAAUUAUUCAUUGUCGCCAAAGCUACCUAAUAGACUUGCGAUUUAUUCAGUGGAUAUUAAAGGCUCAUCCCCUUCAAUUUCAUAUUGAAUUUCUGAUGAAAAUCUAAAUUUUCAAUUAGACAGCUCAUCACAAAUAACCAAACCUCAAAUUGUCACGUUUCAAUGAAAUUGUGAUGCAUCAAGAGUCUUACUCCCCCCCGAAGUUCGACCAAGAUAUAGGGAAAAUUCCUAUUUUUUUGGAAAAUUAACCCCCCUCAAAGUUCGACCAAGACCUACAUAAAUUUUACUAGGAAAAUAAGCAAUUUUUCAAAAAUUUUAAACUAUGUGGGGUGAGCUUGCGAUUUUUGUAUUCAAGUACUAAAAAAGCGUUACAAAACCAUCUUGCACUAUUUUUUCUAACCCUUACACCCUCUCAACCAUACAGAAGAAUAUGAUAAAUAUUUUUUUUUAACUACUAAAUUAUAUAAAAAAAAAUAUAUAAUUAUUUUUAAAAAAUUUUUCUUAACCUCCCUCGAAGUUCGAAAAAAAAAAAAUCUUGGUCGAACUUCGAGGGGGGGGGGAUUUAGCAAUUUGUCAAACAGAAAUUGAUAACACAGGCCGAGUUUAUCCUGGAGAAAAUGCUUUAUAUGUGAUGACACAAGGAAAAUCUCCUAGGAAAAUCAAUUUAGAUGAAGGCCCUAUCCAUGAUAUAAAAUGAUCUCCAAAUAAUGAUGAAUUUAUUUCAAUUGCAGGAUUUUUUCCUGCCGGGAUAAAUUUAUACAAAGGAAUAGGUGGGAAAUUUAGAGAUUUGGGUAAAAAUAAUAGAAAUAUGAUAAGGUGAAAUCCAUAUGGAAAUUUAUUUUUAAUAGGAGGAUUAGGAAACCUUCAAGGAUAUAUAUAGAAGGCUAACAAUUUUUAUUAUAAAAUUUAAAUAUAAAACACAAGAAUUUAUGCCAUUAUUAAAUUGGUGAAUAAAAUCUAGAAGAGAAAUUACUUAAUUAGAGUAGAUAUUUGCGAAAGAGAAAAUUUUAAUAUUAUUGGAAGAUGCAGAGUUCCCAACAUAAUUUCUUGUGAAUGGGGACCGGAUGGAAAAAUGUUUUUUGUUGGAAUUUUAAGCCCAAGAAUCAGGAAUAAUAAUGGGUAUAUCUUAUAUAAAUAUACUGGAGAAAUUCUAGCAAAUUUUGAGAUUGGAGAACUCUGGGAAAUACAGUGAAAGCCAGAAAAUAUAGAAAUGGAGCCUUUGACACCAAGAGAAGGGAAGAUAGAGAUAAUGGGGCUUGAAGAAGAAAGGAAAACAAAAGAUACAGAAAAAAAUGAUAAUUUUAUCCCAGGGCUUGGACCUGAUGCGAAAAAAAAGAAAAAGAAAAAGAAGAAAAAUAAAUCAAAUAAUUAA